AUGAGGGAGGAAAGUAUACCAUGCGUGUGUAUAAUUGACGCUGGCGGCCAGUAUACAAAAGUUAUUGACAGACGAAUUCGUGAGCUACAAGUUCGUAGCGAAAUACUUUCUCCGGCAACAGAAAUCGCUGUUCUGAAAACGUUUAGCGCGAUUAUUAUUUCUGGAGGACCGAGCUCAGUUACUGACGAAAAUGCGCCAAAGUUGAGCGCAGAGAUUUUAAAUAUGAACAUUCCCGUGCUUGGAAUCUGCUGGGGCAUGCAAUUCAUCAAUCACGUCAAUGGAGGCAAAGUCGUCGCGCUUGAGAAAAGAGAAGACGGCGUUUUUCCGAUCACAGUUGUCAACACGGCAUCAGAGUUGUUCAAAGGCCUGCCGGAAACGCAGGAAGUCUUGUUGACGCACGGAGAUUCAAUAACCAAAGCUAUAGGAAAAGAUAGAGUGAAAUGUCUUCAUAUCGAUAAUGGAUUUAUGCGCAAGGGCGAGUCGGAGCAAGUCAUCAAGAGCUUGACUGACAUUGGAACGCCAGUAGAACUUGUCAACGCGCAGCGAAUGUUUUACAACUCAUCAUGUCAAAUUUACGGGUCAAAGCCGGAAGAUUUGCUCCAAGAACCGAGCCAGAUCCUCUGCAAAACCAUCGAUCCCGAACAAAAGAGAAAAAUAAUUGGAGAUACUUUCAUUAAACUUGUCAAAAUCGAAGCAAACAGAAGAAACUUGAGCAUUGAUAAUACAGAUGUUUUCUUGGCUCAAGGUACACUUAGGCCAGAUUUGAUUGAAUCAGCUAGUGCGACUGUUUCUUCUCAUGCGGAUGUAAUAAAGACUCAUCAUAAUGACUCGCCAAUGGCACGACAGUACAGAAAUGCUGGUCGUCUUGUUGAACCCCUUCGCGAUUUUCACAAAGACGAGGUCCGCAGACUAGGAACUCGUCUCGGCCUACCAGAGUCGAUUGUCAAGCGCCAGCCUUUUCCCGGCCCUGGGCUGGCAAUUCGAGUCAUCUGCGCUGAUAAUUUCCUCGUUCAAGAAGAUGAGGGCCCCGCUCCUUUAUUAAAAAUGCUGUCGAAUUACAGUCACUGCUUGAAAACACCGCACACGCUGCUUGAAAAGAUCAAAUCAUCACUCUCGUCUUCCGAGCAUGACCGCCUUGAGAAAUUCACAAGAGAUGCGAAACUUUACACAUCAAUCCUUCCGAUCAAAUCAGUAGGCGUUCAAGGAGAUUGCAGGAGCUAUUCUCAAGUUGCUUGUAUUUCUGGCCCUCCAAUGUGGACUGAGCUAGUGUUUUUGGCGAAAAUUAUACCGAGAAUUUGUCACACGAUUAAUAGAGUUUGUUAUUUAAUGGGAACUCCCAUACGAGAUAGUCACUUUCCGAACGAUACAACACCAACUACUCUUUCUGAAUAUCCUCUUAGCCAAUUGAGAGAAUGUGAUCAUAGAGCAAAUACGAUAAUGAAGAAACACAAUCAAUUAGACAACGUUUCUCAGAUGCCAGUAGUUCUGCUUCCUUUGCAUUUUGAUAGAGAGCCGUAUUCAACCAAAGUUGGCUCGUGUCAACGUUCAGUCGUUAUAAGGCCGUUUAUUUCUUCCGAUUUUAUGACUGGUCGAGCUGCAAUCCCAGGACAAGAUUUAUCAGAAGAAUGCGUAAACGAAAUGCAAAAAGAACUCUGCGAGGUUCCCGGAAUAACUAGAUUACUUUACGAUUUGACUUCAAAACCGCCCGGUACAACGGAGUGGGAAUAG